UUGUGGUUCAGUCAGAGGAGUCUGUGUCUGUGGGUAAAGCUGCACCGUGGAACUUUUUUGUUGAGGGUCUGUCACCUGCUUGUUUCCAUGGAGACGUCACCGCUCUGUCUGGAAUGUUCCGCAGUGUGACUUUAAACAGCUCCGCUUUACAUUUGUUCAGUCACAGGUGCAGGUUUGAGUCGGAAACAGAGCGGGGGUCGCCUCUCCACAGAUCUGACCUGGAGCUGAGUGUGGUUUGGUCUCCAUGGAGAUAGAAAGGUUUAACGCCGUACUGCGGAAUAUUCAAGACAAAGCAACAACAUCUCCAUAGAGCAAAGUGUUUUUUGGAGCCUCCAUCAGUGUUUGAAAAUGUCUUUAUUUUCACUUUAAAAUGUUGUGAAGAGUUUUUGUGUUUUUCCAGAAGGACUUGACAGAGACGAGAAGAAGAAGAAGAAGAAGAAGAAGAAGAAGAAGAAGAAGAAGAAGAAGAAGAAGAAGAAGAAGAAGAAGAAGGAGAGGAGGAGCCAUGAUGCUGCAGGUGGAAAACUACGAGUCUUCGGUGUGUGUGGAGAAGAAGGACUCGACCCCGGAGCUGCGCACAGACAAGUGUGGGCGCCCCCUGCUGGAGACGCCCACAGACCUCCACAACCUCCUGCUCCACGUCAAGAACAAGAGACAGAGACAGAGACAGAGACAGACGAGAGGAAGAGGAGGAGGAGGCACCGUCACACGAGUGCCGUACUUCGUGGACGAGGAGGACUUCUUCAGCGCCUGUGAGGAGCAGAAACACGACGUCAUCGACAGAUACUUGUCCAUCGGAGGAGACGUGAACGCCAGAGACGCUUUUGAGCGUACAGCGUUGCUCAGAGCUGCGUUCAAAGGUCGUGCAGACGUCGUGUCCAAACUGUUGGAGAACGGAGCCGACGUCAACGUCACCGACAAGUUGGACACGACGUGUCUUCACGCUGCGUCUCGAGGAGGAAAUCCUGCAGUACUGCAAAUGUUACUACUGAACGGAGCCGACAUCACUGCACUAGACAAGUUGGACAGUACUCCUCUGCACGUGUCGGUGAGGGCGGGGCAUCAGAGCUGCACCGAGCUGCUCAUCCAAUCAGGAGCCUCCGUCAACUCCCAGGACAAGGAGGGAGACUCUCCGCUGCACGACGCCGUCAGACUGAACAAAAUCCAGAUGAUCCAAGUUCUACUGGAACAUGGAGCCCAGACCCACCAGACCAACACGGUACUGGACCAAGACCAAGACCAAGACCAAGACCAGACCCACCAGACCAACACGGUACUGGACCAAGACCAAGACCAAGACCAGACCCACCAGACCAACACGGUACUGGACCAAGACCAAGACCAAGACCAGACCCACCAGACCAACACGGUACUGGACCAAGACCAAGACCAAGACCAAGACCAGACCAGACCCACCAGACCAACACGGUACUGGACCAAGACCAAGACCAAGACCAGACCCACCAGACCAACACGGUACUGGACCAGAACCAGACCAGGACUAAACCGGGUCUAACCCUGGUCUUUUGCAGGAGGGUCUCACUCCUCUGGACCUGGUGGUCGACUGGCAGACGGAGAUAAGAACUGUACUACAACAACACAAUUGAACACACAACAACACACAACUGGAACACACAACAACACACAACUGAA